AUGUUGGUAUACAGUACGUGUAGGAGAGAAGGGAAACACGAUUGAUUCGAUGAAGAAUGAAGAAGAGAACGUAACAUUCAUUGUGAGGGAGUUCCCGAUGUGGUUGAUACCGAUUCAAACGGAGUGGAGAUUUGGGAAGGCGGGAAUGGAGAAUUGCGAGUUGAACAUAGAAGAGUGCGAGAAAGCGUUGUGGUAUAGUAUGAUAGAGAAGCGUAAUUCGGUCGGCUUUUUGUUAGUAAGUUUGAAAAUACCGCUUUGUAUAGGAAAAGAAUGGAAUGAGUGUUUGUUUGGAAUCUUUUCUUGUUACAUGAUAGUAGAGCUAGAAUCAGUAUGAUUCUGAGUUGCCAUGCUCAAAAAACGGAAAGUGUUCAACUCUUGUAUGGAAAAUACCGAAUCGAUGUAGAAGUGUGGCAAUACACGUAAAUUAUCGUUUAUAUCAUGCAUAAUUACGAACAAAAUACGCAUGAGAAAAAAGAGUGGUUACAGGUCUAUCGAAUAUAUUUUCUCUACGAAGAGGAGUUAAUACAUAUAAAAAAGCGAAUUGAUUGAAGAAACAAAAGUGUUCAAACACAUUCAGUUUCAUGAUUCUUGAUAUUCCAAAUGGAUAGAACAAGAAUAGUUCUUUAACGUUAAAUAGUAUUCGAGCCAAAGUAAGACUGGAACUGGAAGUCAUCGUUUUUUGAGGAUUAUUACCUUUACAGAUAUGUUCGUAAUAACCAUCUACACGUAUUUGUGUAAAUAUCUAAAGAAGGUGCGAUUAUCGUGAUCGAUUGUUUGUUGGCCUAGACUACUCAUACAUAUUCCAAAUGAUUCCCCAUAUUUCAUACAUUCACAAAAUCGACAGAUCUUUAGCUUUCCUAUUUAUUCCAGAAUGUUCGAUAGAACUCUGGAUCUUUUUGGAAUCGUUUCGUUCUUUGUCAUAAUUUAUUUAUUUGAUUGAUUUACCUAAGUGGGUGAUAGUGAUAAUGAGCAUUAUAUUCCGUGAUCCUUUCUUUGAUAACUUUGAUGAUCUGCUGGUUUCGACCUUCCCUAAGCAGCAUGACUUGGAUUCUUGGUUCGGUGAUGGAAUCCGUCGUGAUGUGAUUACUCCGUUCAGUGGAUUUGGCCGAAUGGACAUGAAGGAGAACGAGAAGGAGUAUGAAAUGAGUGUGGAUCUGCCUGGAAUGGACAAGAGUGAAAUCAAGAUGCAUGUGGAAGACAAUGGACUUGUGAUUGAAGGAGAGAGAAAGAGUGAGAAGAAGGAAGAGAAGGACAAGUGCCAUUUCUGUGAGCGCCACUUCGGUUCUUUCCAUCGUGAAGUAUCUCUUCCGAAGAAUGCGAAUGUGGAUGGAAUAAACGCGAUGUAUGAAAAUGGAGUUCUGAAGGUAGUGAUUCCCAAAAAGGAAGAAAGCGCCCAGAAGAAACAGAUUUGCGUGAACUAAGUGACAUGACGUGAUGUGAUGUGAUGUGAUAUUGAU